GAUUCUGGAGGUCAAACACACUCUUUUCUGUGAUUCGCCAUCGACCUACCUGGAAACCCUGGACAGAUCCAUGGGUUUUGUGAUAUAGGAAUGUGAAAGCCAUGAUGCCAGACAUCAGCCAUGCCAGCUACCAACAGUGGUCACUGCAGCAAAUUGCAUUUGACGAUUUAACAUUUCAUGAAUGCAUUGGCGGAGGAACCUUCGGCAGUGUCUACAGGGCAACAUGGAUCUCCCAAGACAAAGAGGUGGCAGUCAAGAAAGUAUUGAACUUGGGAAAAGAGGCUGAGGUGCUGAGCUGUCUUAGUCAUCGGAGUAUUAUUGAGUUUUAUGGUGCGGUCAGUGAAGCUCCGAACUUCUGUCUUGUAACCGAAUAUGCCUCCCUUGGAUCUCUUUACUCACAUCUUGCUGACCCGGCCAACAUCGUGGACUUCAAACAAAUUCUUACCUGGGCACGUCACGUAGCGUUAGGUAUUAACUAUCUCCACAAUGAGGCCAAAGUUAAAGUCAUUCAUCGGGAUCUGAAAUCCAAGAAUUGUGUGAUAUGCGACGGCAUGAUUGUGAAGCUAGUUGAUUUUGGUGCAUCCCGUUUCCAUGGUAGCACAGCGAUGAUGACGAUGGCUGGAACGUUUCCUUGGAUGGCACCCGAGGUCAUCCUUGGGGAGCCGGUCUCGGAGAAAUGUGACACGUUCUCCUAUGGUGUGGUGCUGUGGGAACUUCUGACGAGGGAGGUGCCCUUUAAAGGUGUGGAUGGAAUCCAAGUUGCCUGGGCUGUAGUGGAAAAGAACGAAAGGUUAACAAUCCCUAGUACGUGUCCUGAGAAACUAGCCAACCUCAUACAGCCAUGCUGGGAGACAGACCCCAAGAAACGGCCCUCCUUCAAGGAGAUUCUCAAGACACUGGAUCGACUGAUUGAAGAUGAACCCUUAUCAGAAGAAACAGGCACAUUCCUGAAGCAAAAGGCACAAUGGAAAGGGGAAAUUGAGGAGACGAUGGCACGCAUCCAUCAGAUGGAGCGCUGCCUGAAGGAAAAAGAAAACAAACUGGACUCGCGGGAGAAUCACUUGCGGCACCUUGAGGACGCCCUGUAUGGACAGCUGGUGGUUCCGUUUGGUGCCGACGUCAAACAUGACGCUAAUUAUUGGAGUGAGCAAGAGGUGUACCUGUGGGUUUUGCAGCUCCAUGCCAAAGACAUGAGACGGAGUGACCUGGCCCAGUAUGCCCCCCUGAUGCUGGAGCAUAACAUCACCGGGCGUCGCUUGUUGCUCCUCUCCAUGGAUGACCUCCUCGCCCUCGGGAUCAAGUCCCUGGGUCAUCGGAAGGAUCUACAGAUGGAGAUUGAGGGGCUCCAGUUAGAGAACUACAGACUGCAGCAUUUCCCUCCUCUAUCUAGCUUGAAGAGUAUUCCAUUAUUGCCGAGUAAAGACACCACAGCAUUACCGGGAAAUCAGCCCAAGAAUCUUCACCUUACACUGGUGUUUGGGAAUCAUUGCCGACCCGGAUCAACACCUCAGGAAUUCAAGUGGAAGAUGUUCGUUGAGACAGACUGUGAAGACAGUUCAGUCAGGUGCAUUAAGGAGGUGGUUAUAUCUCAGAUAAAUGAACCAGGGAUUAAGGAGAGGUUAAGACAUCCACCUUAUGUCAUGACGAACUGGAGGGUAUGCAGGAGCGUGGGCGAGGUAGACGUGGAGUGCACCGUUACAUAUCGGGACUCUGUGAAGAAGCCCAAGUUCACACGCCACGUCCACCGAGUCCUACCGGGGGACAAGAAUCACCAGCUGACCGAGAAGAAGAUCAAGCUGACCGGGAGUCUCCCCAUCAGGGCUGGCAGUCCCCUCUUAUCCUCCUACGACUCCGGCAGUGAGAACACCACAGGGAGUGGAAGUCUAGGAACCCUUCAGGGUGCAUGGUCCACAAGGAAGCUACAGAAUAGUCUGGAUCCGGGACUUUAUGAGCAGAGAGAUAGGAAGCAAGGGAUAUGGUCCGGUGUGGUAUCUGGUAGUGUAACCCCAAUUAAGCCCUCGGCAAAGUCAAAAGAUUUUAGCUAUGCCCCUUCGUACAACCCUAACAGCCCCACUCUACAGUGGCCUGUCCGGAAGCACCCUUCCACAGGCACAUCUCCAUCGGUGCUACAGGGUUCCAAGUUGCCCCUGGCUAGCGUUGACACUCAUCCAUUGGGGGUGAAAGUGCAGAUUGAUUCAGACGGUGAUUCGUCAAAUGGAGGGUACAAGACGGCAAGUUCUACUCUGUCAACCCCAUCCCCCGGUGUGAGAGUUGGCAAAGAGGGCUGUCUCUCUGACAGUUAUGCCAAUGCCUGCAAGUCUAGCUUGAAUCGGCCCACGCCUCGUUCACCAGCAGCAAGUAACCAAGAAUGGCACCUACCAAGAUCCCAGUCGGACUCAAGUGGUUCUCUAGUCACCGGUACCCCUCCAAUUGGUUACCGACCCCGCCUCGCAACCAGCCCAUCCAGAGGAAGAUAUGCAUCCGGUAGUCGUGCAUACAGUGGAGGUCAUAGUUCGGUUCAUGCUGAUCCAAGGAGAGGUCACGAGGUCAAAGGCAGCAGUGGAGAUGAGGGUACCAGUCGAAGUAAUGUAAAUAGCAGGAGAGAUGGUUUGGUUAAUAGCCGAGGUCAUCGGGGGACCAGGCGAGGUCAGAGAAAGAGCUGGAGCGGUCAGAGUUCCUGAAAAAGUAAUGCAGUAUUAAAAUAAAGUCAUUUUGGUUUUACCCAUACACCGAUGUGUUAACCCUGUCUACUCGGUACUUUCCUGAGUUCCGUGAAAACA